CACCAAACGCCCGAAAUGUGGCGAGUUUGUCCUAACUUAUCUGCAUUCCACAUCAUUCUCCGCCAAAAUCUGUCACAUAGCUCAGCUUCCGCUAAAUUUAGCUGCCCUUCCAAAGCUCACAAAUCCAAAUCUGCAUAAAGUAAUAAAAAUUUCUCCAACAGGGAUUCGUCUUAGCCUGUGCAGAUCAAUCAAAACAUUCGAUGUUAUCACUCUUCUUUUCUUCAAAUUCCACCGCCCAGAAAUCUCGUCUAGCAAAAUAAAAAAUAAAAAGUCCAAAUCUUUGCUCAAUUGUUGAAAUAAAGUUUCAACCUUUGUUCAACUUCUCAGUUUUUAUUUAGAAUCCAUGUAAUUUUAAAGAGGUUCCAGCGUCGAAUCCCACAUAGUGCAUUUUGUCAUAUUGUGGCGGAGCUUCGCAAUUCGUGCCAUUGAGUCCUCAAUUAUAGCUCAGAUCUGGUGGCCACAUGUUAUUAUGUGUAAGGAGGAAUCUAGUCAUUUAAAAUAAAAGUACUUGCAGAGGAAUAUCAAUCGGGGAUAUCUGAUUCUUACAUUUACCCGAGAUCGAUAACACGAGGCUUGAUACAUAUGCACACAGAGUCCCGACGCGUGCUUCCCAACCAUUUUGUGGGAGUGAAGGAUUGUGGAGGUUUAGCGGGAUUCUUCGUGUGGGGAAGACAUGGGUAAGGCUGCAGUGGGAGCAACAAUAGCACUAUCUGCUGCUGUAUGUGCCGUGGCUGUUCUCGUUGCAAGGCAGAGAAUUCGCAAUAAGAAUAGAUGUAGUCAGGCUGUGGCUAUUCUCGAGGAUUUUCAGAAGGCCUCUGUUACACCAUUGGAUCUGUUGAAAGAUGUGGCGGAUGCCAUGACUGCUGAGAUGUGCGCGGGCCUUGAGAAGGAGGAUGGAAGUAAGCUACAGAUGCUACCGAGCUUUGUGAAAAAUCUGCCUACAGGGAACGAGAAUGGACUCUUUUAUGCACUGGAUCUCGGUGGAACCAAUUUCCGGGUCUUGCGUGUACAACUGGGUGGCAAAGGGGGGGUUGUUAACAAAGAAUUUGUAGAAGUUUCAAUUCCGCCAAGUCUGAUGGUUAGCACAACCAAGGAGUUGUUUGACUAUAUUGCCUCAGAGCUAGCAAGCUUUGUUGCAACAGAGGGUGAGAAAUUCCAUUUACCACCUGGUCGGAGAAGGGAGCUUGGAUUCACAUUUUCCUUUCCAGUGAAGCAAACAUCAAUUGACUCUGGCACUCUUGUAAACUGGACCAAGGGGUUUUCUAUCUCUGAAACGAUUGGCACGGAUGUUGUGGCAGCCUUAAAUGAGGCCCUUCAAAGGCAAGGGUUAGAUAUGCGAGUUGCAGCACUGAUCAAUGAUACAGUUGGAGCUUUGGCUGGGGGCCGCUACUAUGACAAAGAUGUCAUGGCUGCUGUUAUUUUAGGGACUGGGACUAAUGCAUGUUAUGUAGAACGUGUAGAUGCCAUUCCAAAGGGGAAGGGACUUCUUGAAGAAUCCGGUGACAUGGUUAUAAACAUGGAAUGGGGAAACUUUUGGUCUUCACAUCUUCCUGUAACUGAAUUUGACAAAGCUCUGGAUGUAGAAACAUUAAAUCCUGGUUAUCAGUUAUUUGAGAAGUUAAUAUCAGGAAUGUACCUUGGAGAUAUUGUAAGAAGAGUAUUGCUGAGAAUGGCUGAAGAAGCUUCUUUAUUUGGAGCUACCAUUCCGCCCAAACUUUCCAUUCCAUUUGCAUUAAGAACACCAGAUAUGUCUGCUAUGCACCAAGACAACUCACCAAAUUUGGAAGUAGUUGGAAAUAAACUGAAGAGUAUAUUUGGGAUAAAAACUUCUUUAGAAAAACGAAAGAUUGUGAUCAAGCUUUGUGACACUGUUACAAAGCGUGGUGCACGUUUGGCUACAGCUGGGAUUGUUGGAAUACUUCAAAAAAUUGGCAGAGCUGGUGAUGGGAUUAUAUGUAAAGAGAGAACUGUUGUAGCAAUGGAUGGGGGACUCUACGAGCAUUAUGCAGUCUUUAGGCAGUAUAUGCAAGAUGCAGUUACAGAGUUGCUUGGAAGUGAAGCUUCAGAAAUGAUAACUAUAGAUCUUUCUAGAGAUGGGUCUGGUAUUGGAGCUGCCCUUCUUGCAGCAUCUCACUCACAGUACACACAGCAAUCUUGAUGUUGAUUGUUUCUAAGUUUUCUACUGAUUACUGCAAAGGAUUACAUAAUCUUAGCAAACCCUUUUUGUCUAGUCUCGGGUUUAAUCAGUUACCUAUUUAUUAUAGAAUGCCAUCCUCAUUCAGCAUCCUUUAACUGAGGCUGGCAUCAGGGACAUUGCGAGUCAUUUGUAUGUUUUUAGUUAUUUUCACCACAAAUUGCACUCAAUAAUUCAAUAAAGUUUCAAAUAAUGAUGUUAAAUUUUA